UAUUGUGAUUUUACAGAUUGCUGGAGGUCUGAUCUGUGCAGCACCAUGGACUCGUCAGAAGAGACUGGAGGCUCCUCUGCAGAAGAAAACUACUUUGUGAACUACACCUUCACUGACCGCUCCCACUCAGGCCGUGUGGCCCAGGGUAUUAUGAAAUUAUGCUUGGAGGAUGAGCUCUUUGCCGAUGUUACAAUAUCAGUGGAAGGCAAAGAAUUCCAGCUGCACCGCUUGGUCCUCUCAGCUCAGAGUUGCUUUUUUCGUUCUAUGUUCACUUCCAACCUAAAGGAGGCCCACAACCGGGUGAUUGAGCUGCAGGACGUUAGCGAAAGUGUCUUUCAGCUUCUUGUGGACUACAUUUACCAUGGAACUGUAAAGCUGAGGGCAGAGGAGUUGCAGGAAACCUAUGAAGUGGCAGACAUGUACCAGCUAACUGCCCUUUUUGAAGAGUGCUCCCGUUUUCUGGCCCGUACGGUGCAGGUUAGAAACUGUCUGCAGGUCAUGUGGUUGGCAGACCAACACAGUGACAUGGAGCUCUACACAGCUGCAAAACACUGUGCAAAGUCACAUUUGUCUCAGCUGCAAGACACAGAGGAGUUCCUACACCUGCCUGUCCGCCUACUGACAGACAUCCUUACAGAUGGCGUUCCAUGUUCUCAGAAUCCAACGGUUGCCAUAGAAACCUGGAUCAACUUCAACAAGGAGGAGAGAGCCGGCUUUUCAGAGACACUGCGAUCAAGUCUGAAGGUGAUUGGAGAAAAUGUUCACAUCUACCUGAUUGGAAAGGAGUCAUCACGUACACAUUCACUCGCUGUCUCUCUACACUGUGCUGACGAUGACUCCAUUAGUGUGAGUGGCCAGAACAGCUUGUGUCACCAGAUCACCGCAGCCUGCAAGCACGGUAGUGACCUAUAUGUUGUUGGUGGCUCCAUUCCACGACGCAUGUGGAAAUGCAACAAUGCGACUAUAGACUGGGAAUGGUGUGCCCCUCUGCCCCGUGACCGGCUCCAACACACCCUUGUCUCUGUGCCAAGCAAGGAUGCAAUAUAUUCACUAGGAGGGAAAACUCUACAGGACACUCUCUCUAAUGCUGUCAUAUAUUACAGAGUACGAGACAACGUCUGGACAGAGACCAGCCAGUUGGAAGUGGCAGUCUCUGGAGCUGCAGGUGUAAACCUUAAUGGUGUCAUUUACCUGCUGGGUGGGGAGGAAAAUGACUUGGACUUCUUCACCAAGCCCUCUCGGCUAAUUCAGUGCUACGAUACCAACACAGAGAAAUGCCACGUGAAGCCAUACGUGCUGCCUUUUGCGGGGCGCAUGCAUGCUGCUGUGCACAAGGACGUGGUGUUCAUUGUCGCUGAGGGGGAUUCACUGCUAUGCUAUAAUCCCCUACUGGAUAGCUUCACCCGGCUAUGCCUCCCAGAUGCCUGGAGUUCAGUACCAUCCCUCUGGAAAAUUGCCAGCUGCAAUGGCAGCAUCUAUGUCUUUCGUGACCGCUAUAAAAAGGGGGAUGCAAAUACUUUUAAACUUAACCCAGCCACCUCUGUUGUAACAGUCACGAGUGGCAUCAAAGUGCUGCUCACUAACCUGCAGUUUGUCCUGGCCUAAGCAGGAAAAACAGGCCAGUGAUAGAAAGGGCAGCAACAGUGUCCUGCUGUGCAGCUUGGAGACACCUACCACCCUCAGCACCAGUCCCAAUUACCACAAGCUCACAAUAUCCUGUAAAGACCCCAUUCUCUGUACCUGUGCAGAGGAAGUACAGGCUUUCUGAUUGUGGGCCUAUUCUUUUACAUAGCACUAUUGAACUUUAUUGAACUGUAUCUUAGAUUUCAGAUGAACUAAAUGCCAUUACUUUGAUUCCUUGAUGAUAAGCUGCUUGUGUUUGAGGCAAAACUGCAGCAAAUGGCUAUUUUAGCCUGGAACCAAUCUACAAAUAACAAAUCCUGUGGCAUACGGACAACAUCUUCCUUGGCCCAGGCUGCUAGUUUUAACUGCCUAGGAGACCACGUGUUGCUGCCAUGUCAAUCACAGAGAUAGAUGUGCACUGUAUCCCCCAGGGAUAUCCCCAUUUAAACAUUCCUAUGUCCUAUUGCAGAAGGAGGGCAUGGCAGACAGAUUCCAGAGCUGACCCUAGGACCUUAAGUAGGUUGCAUUCAGCACUUCUAGAGGAGUGGUAACUAACUGGGUACUUGCUUACUGCUCUGUCAUCACCUAGCAUAAAGAAGGAGAUAAUUUUUAGACACUGGCUUCCUUUACUGUACUAGGAAUCCCCACCUGUAAUUAUAACAUAGUGUUGGUGAAAGACAGAAUUAAGACCACUUCCUACUACCCAUCUCUGUUGGCACUGUAACCCUUUGGGUAAGAAUCUGAAUAAAGUCUCUGUUGAGACAAAGGUA